AGUCAGGGAAAGCUUGAACUGCUUUGGCUUCAUCCAGUCGAGUGUUCAGCGUCAGUGGAGUGGAGAGCGUGAGAGCUCAAUACCACAGUCAUGGCAACCACAACAGCAGAAGCCGAAACCCGUCAGAGACUGCUGCGAAACGUGAAGAAGGAGGUCAAGCAGAUCAUGGAGGAAGCAGUCACAAGGAAAUUUGUUCAUGAAGACAGCAGCCAUAUUGUCUCAUUCUGUGCUGCUGUUGAAGCCUGUGUGCUUCAUGGGUUGAAGCGGAGAGCUGCUGGUUUCCUACGAAGCAACAAGAUAGCUGCGCUCUUCACCAAAGUGGGCAAAAGCUUCCCUCCAGCUGAGGAGCUGUGCAGAAAAGCCCAGGAGCUGGAGCUGGUCUUUGAGAGCAAACGAAGUCAGUCUCUCUCAUACAGCGAGAGCACCCGUAAGAUCCCCAAAGUCCCAAACUUCUCGCCUCAGGCUGUCAGAUAUGUGUGGAUCCACACCGCACUCAUUGAGAAAGUGCUGGACAAGAUUGUGCUGUACCUGGUGGAAAACAGCAGUAAGUUUUAUGAGAAGGAGGCUAUUCUAAUGGACCCUGUGGACGGCCCUAUCCUCGCCUCUUUGUUAGUGGGCCCCUGUGCAUUAGAGUACACUAAAAUGAAGACAGCAGAUCAUUUCUGGACGGAUCCCUCAGCUGACGAGUUGGUGCAAAGGCAUCGUAUUCACAGUGGACACUGCCGACAAGACUCGCCUAUAAAGAGACCUGCCCUCUGUAUUCAGAAAAGGCAUUCCAGUAGUAGUAUGGAUGAAAGGCCAUCUCCCUCCCCCUCCGCCAGAGACUACGUGGAGUCUCUUCAUCAGAAUUCCAGAGCGACUCUCCUGUUCGGCAAGAACAACGUACUGGUACAGCCGAGGGAUGAUAUGGAAGCAAUCCCAGGGUACCUCUCUCUACACCAGACGGCUGACUGCAUGACUCUGAAAUGGACGCCAAAUCAGCUAAUGAACGGCUCUGUGGGAGAUCUCGACUAUGAGAGGAGUGUUUACUGGGACUACGCCAUGACAAUCCGCCUGGAGGAGAUUGUAUACUUGCACUGUCAUCAGCAGGUGGACUGUGGGGGAACAGUGGUUCUGGUUAGUCAGGAUGGGAUUCAAAGGCCUCCGCUUCGUUUUCCCCGUGGUGGUCAUCUUCUACAGUUCCUCUCCUGUCUGGAAAAUGGUCUGCUGCCUCACGGCCAGUUAGACCCACCACUUUGGUCCCAGAGAGGAAAGGGUAAAGUAUUUCCUAAGCUAAAAAAGAGAUGUCCACAGGGAUCCUCAGACUCUGUCUCAGACAAAGAAGAGGAAGAAGCAACAGAUUACGUCUUCCGAAUUAUUUUCCCAAACAGCCAGUCAGAAUUUGUGACUUUUACCCAGUCCUCCCAUCUCUCUCUGAGUACUGUCCUCCUGGCCCGACCUCUCUCCCUGAACUCGAAAGGGCUGCGGCCUCCUAAACGCCAGACCCUGGUGAUGCCAAAGCACCAAUGCAGCUCCCCGGGAGAGUCCCCAUCCUCCCCUGAGCCCAGCUUGGCACCGGAAUUGAUUGAUCAGGGAGCAAACAUGUGGCACCCAACACCAAGGAAAUCAUCUUGCUCUUCCUGCUCACAGAGUAGUUUCUCUGAAGGAGCACCACCCAAUGGAUGCAACCAUGAAAGAGCCCCUCUGAAGUUGCUGUGUGACAACAUGAAAAACCAAAUCAUCUCUCGGGCUUUCUAUGGAUGGCUGGCGUACUGUCGUCAUCUGUCCACAGUACGCACUCACCUGUCUGGCCUUGUCAAUCACACUAUUGUGGAACCAGAUGUGCCCACUGACGCCUAUGUUGGUCUCACGACAGAAGUGUGGCAGAAGUUUCUUCAAGACUGCGGCAGCUAUGAAGAAAAGGAGUUACUGCGGCUAGUUUAUUUCGGUGGAGUUGAGCCGUCUUUACGAAAGGAGGUCUGGCCUUUCCUGCUGGGUCAUUACCAAUUUGGGAUGUCUGAGACUGAGAGAAAAGAGGUGGAUGAGCAGAUGCGAGCGUGCUACGAGCAGACAAUGAGCGAAUGGCUGGGGUGUGAGGCCAUUGUUAGGCAGAGGGAAAAAGAACAGCACGCUGUGGCGAUAGCCAAGUGUUCGUCUGGAGCGAGUAUAGACAGCACCACACAGAGAAUAAUGCACCGUGACUCCACCAUCAGUAAUGAGUCCUCGCAGAGCUGUAGUUCAGGCAGGCAAAGAGAUUCGAGGCUGCAGAGCGACUCCAGCAGUAGUACUCAGUUCUUCACUUCCCAAAACCCCUUCCCCUGGAGUAGCUUGCUUCCCUUUGGUUUGUUUUUCCAGGUGUUUGAGUCCGUCGAGGAGGUCGACCAGAUCGAAUCCGAACCCAAGGGUGAAGACACCAAACAGGUUUCCAAAAUCUCAAAUGGAACACCUCAAAAUGAAACCAGUUCUCCAGACUCUGGUCUCCCCUCUUCCAGAAACUUCUCUGUUACUUCUGGUCAGUCAGACUCCUUGAGCACAGAGGACAGUGGGAUACAUGACCCAAGCCUUAAAGCUCAAUCACAGCUAGUUUCAAAGGAAAGGUUUGCAAGUGCAUCUGCAGAGGAAGGAAAGUCGACUGAGGAAGUUGUGACAAUAUCAGAGAGAAAGAAGGCCACAGAGAGUUCAGAUAAAAGGGCAGAGGUCGAGACAGGAGGGUUGAAAAAGGCUCAAGAUGCUUCUGAAGCUCCUGCAUCAGCUCUCAGCCACAUGACCAAAAUGGAAGCAAGCAAAUCUCCAGAGAAAACUUUGACAUCAGAAAAUGAAGCACUGACACGGCAUACUGAGACAGAUAUUCCCAAAGCAACAGAGGUCAUGGAAUCGACUCCUGCAGAGCCGAAGAUAAAUGAGAAUCGGGUAAGAGUGGACAUUGAAAGGUCCCACAUGGGAACUAAAGAUAGUAGAGCAAUCCAAGAGGAACCUUUGGUAACGAAAGACCAUAAGAUAUCAGAUGCACUUGAGCAGAAGGUUGUAGCUGACAAACUGGUGUCUGUUUCAAAGGAUGAAAAUACAGAGAAAGAAACAGCAAAAACCAAUGAAGCAAGCAAAGACUCCAAGACGUGGGUGGAUGAAGUUGUAACAGCAGUAAAGAGAAAAACACCAGUUCUCCCAAAAGCCAUUGCUACAGAGGAUGUUACAAAGAGGACCAUGCAUAAAGAAAUGCAGAGGAACGCUCCAGUAAUUGAAGAGACGGUGGUCCCACUGGUGCAUGAAGCUUUUAGCACAAGAGAGAUGAGUGAAGCCCAAGAUGCAACCGAGUCAGACGAGUCUCCCUCUGCCAUUGAAAUGGAAGAGAUUCCUACAGCCAAAGUGUCCAUGGUUUGGGAAAGGAAGAGUUCACCCAGAAGCAAGGCUAAUGAGCAGACAACUGUACCUGUAUUGGAGCUCAGGCUGGAGGAAGCUCACGGAAAGCCCAGCUCUGACAAAAUGAACUCUGAGGAGCCAGAGAUGGAAAGUCUUUGCCCACAGCUGGAUUCACUGGCUGUGAACACUGAGAAGAAUGAAGCUACCUCUCCAGUUUCCUCUAUAGGGACUACUUAUUCUCAAGAGCUUUUGGACUUGUACACUCUAAAUCUGCACCGCAUUGAUAAAGACGUUCAGCGCUGUGACCGAAAUUACUGGUACUUCACACCUGCCAACUUGGAAAAACUGCGCAACAUCAUGUGCAGUUACAUUUGGCAGCACCUGGAAAUUGGAUAUGUCCAGGGGAUGUGUGACCUGCUCGCUCCUUUGCUAGUUAUUCUAGAUGAUGAGGCCAUGGCUUUCAGUUGUUUUACUGAACUAAUGAAACGGAUGAAUCAAAAUUUUCCUCACGGAGGUGCGAUGGACACCCACUUUGCCAACAUGAGAUCUCUCAUCCAGAUUCUAGACGCAGAGCUGUUUGAGCUAAUGCAUCAGAAUGGAGACUACACCCACUUCUACUUCUGCUAUCGCUGGUUUCUUCUUGACUUUAAAAGAGAGUUGGUGUAUGAUGAUGUGUUUGCUGUUUGGGAGGUCAUCUGGGCUGCUAAGUGUGUGUCCUCCAGCCAUUUUGUGCUCUUCAUUGCUCUUGCAUUGGUGGAGAUAUACAGAGACAUCAUACUAGAAAACAAUAUGGACUUCACUGACAUCAUCAAGUUUUUCAACGAAAUGGCUGAGCAUCACAAUAUCAAGCAAAUUCUGACUCUGGCUCGUGACCUGGUGUGCAAAGUACAGACGCUUAUUGAGAACAAGUAACUCUGAAGCCUCCCACCUCUGUUGUUGAUCAUGUUCUCAAUGUAACCCAUCAGCCCUUGCUACAAAAAAACAGGGAGCAUUUGGCCAUAGCUUAAAGAGCUUCAAGUAUAUGGUAACAUUUCCAAUGCCAAACAUCUCGAUCUACCUGGAAUCAGUCAGUGUGCAUGUUUUAAUAGUGGAGUCAUCUGGCUCUUUAAUCAGGUUUUACUAAACAUCAUAGUACUAAAAUUUUAUAAGCAGAUGCUGCUAAUGAGUGGUCAUUCACUGUUAGACAUGGAUUUUUAUCCUGAGUCUUAAAUGCAGUCAGGAUUACCAGUCACUAGUGAUUUAUAGGCUCUAUUGCAAAACCUAGUGAGCUGCCUUGCUGUCUACUGCCUACAUAAACUAAAAUUGAACAUCACAAGUGACUGAUUUGUUUCCAAUUUGAUUUCAGUAGAAUUUGGUGUUAGUAUGUUGCUAAGUCAACGGCAUGAUACUCAUACAGUACAAAGCACACACACACAUACUGGGUAGAAUAGUCAGUUUAAAUCAAUUUUUUGUUAAUUGAUAGUUUUUGGUGAAAAUAAGUACAGUAUUUAUAAACAUCAUCUUCAUUAAUGUGAUGCUGCCUUAGUAUUUGACCAAAAGAAUAUAUAUUAGAAAGUAGCAUAAUGUUGCAGAAGUGUGCCUAUGAUGCCUUAAAAUGCUGCCUAUGUAGGCAGCUCACUAGGUUUUAAAACAGAGCAAUAGAAAAUCGGGAGUUCAGGUCAGGUACAUUUUCCAGAGUCGGUCACACUAGAUUUUACGUUCCAUUCACAUUCACAUAUAUGGAGGGCACACACACACACACACACACACACACACACACAUAUAUUUAUAUAUAUAUAUAUAUAUAUAUAUAUAUAUAUAUAUAUAUAUACACACACACACUACUGUUCAAAAGUUUGGGGUCAGUUUUUUUUUUUUGAUAGUCUCUAAUGCACACCGACGCAACAUUUAUUUGAUCAAAAAUACAGUAGUAACAGUAUUGUAAAAACAAUAUAAAUUAACUGUUUUUUAUUUAUUUUAAAAUGUAGUUUAUUACUCCUGUCUUCAGUGUCACAUGAUCUUUUAGAAAUCAAGAAACAUUUCUCUUAUUUUUAAUUUUGAAAACAGUUGUGCUGCUUAAUAUUUUUUUGGAGAAAAUAAUAUUUGAUGAACAGAACAUAAUUUAUUUGAAACAUCAAUAUUUUGUAACAUUAUAAAUGUUUUUGUGCUGUCAGAUUUAAUACAUUUAAUUGUUCCUUUCUGAAUUAAAGUAUUAGUUUCUAUAUAAAAAAAAAAAAAACUUCUUUUGAACAGUAGUGUAUUCAUGGAAUUUCCAUCUUGCACUACAUACAAACUUAAAAAGAUGUUUGAUUUUAUAAUGCCAUGUGAAACUAGUAGCCUUAUAAAGUAGAUAAAUAUGUGAACAUUUGCUUUUAUUUUUCAUUUAUUAAAAGCAGUAGCCUGAGAGCAUGAUAUACACUGCCAUUUAAAAGUUUGGGGUCAGUAAGAUUUGUAAUGUUUUUUUUUAAAGAAGACUUUUCUGCUCAUCAAGGCUGUGUUUAUUUGAUUAAAAAUGCAGAAAAAACAGCAAUAUUGUGCAACAUUUUUGCAAUUUAAAAUUGUGUUUUUCUAUUUUAAUAUACUUUAAAAUAGAAUUUAUUUAUGUGAUGCAAAGCUGAAUUUUUAGCAUCAUUACUCCAGUCUUUAGUAUCACAUGAUCCUUCAGAAAUCAUUCUUAUAUGCUGAUUUAUUAUCAAUGUCAAAACAGUUUUUUUCAGGAUUUUUAAUGAAUAAAAUGUUUUUAAAAAAAUAGAAAUCUUCUGGUACUGUAAAUUGUUUUUGUUUAUUUCUUUAAAAGAAAUUAAUAGUUUUAUUCAGCAAGGAUGUGUUAAAUUUAAAAAAAAUAAUGGUAAAGACUUUCAUUGUUAGAACAGGUUUCUACUUUGAAUAAAUGCUGUUCUUUUCAACUUUUUAUUCAUCAAACAAUCCUGAAAAAAAUAUCGCAGGUUCCAAAAAAAAUAUUAAGCAGCACACCUGUUUCCAACACUGAUAAGUCAGCAUAUUAGAGUGAUUUCUGAAGGAUCAUGUGACACUGAAGACUGGAGUAAUGAUGCUGAAAAUCCAGCUUUCCCAUCACAGGAAUAAAUUCUGUUUUAAAGUAUAUUAAAAUAAAAAACAACUAUGUUAAAUUGCAAUAAUAUUUCACAUUAUUGCUGUUUUUUCUGUAUUUUUAAUCAAAUAAACAGCCUUGAUGAGUAUAAAAGUCUUUCAAAAACAUUAAAAAUCGUGUGUUGUUACAGUCAAUUGUUAUGACAUCUAAAAUAAAUAGGGAUGAUUUUACAUGCUUUAAAUCUAGUGUGACCAACCUCUUAUGGCUUCUGUAUGACCUGCACACUUUAUAAGUAUUCUGAUGUGCCACUUUUAACAUUAUGUAGAUUUUCCUGUAUACAACUGUAGCAGUAGAGGGCGCUGUGCUUUCAGUCGACUGACCUUUUGCAUGUGUUUUUGUACCCUGCUUAUUUCCAAGUCAGUGUCUUUACUGUGAGUUGUUUCACUAAAUCAGGUCAGGUUAUCGUAUCACACAGUAUAUUAUUGGAUGAUACCAAGGAAUGCCUCUAGGUAUUAGAUUUAGAACAGAGAAAAAACAUCCGUAAAUUGUGUAUUCCUUCCUUGUGUUACAGAACUGAAUAAUGAUUUGGGUUUUUCAUAAGUUUGUGUAAUGUUUAAGUCAGUGCUGUGUUUCAGUGCAAUGGUGUCAUGUUUGCAGUCACUUUAUGAAUAUCAGGCAUUAGGAUUUAUUUUUCAGAUUUGAUGCUUGUGUCAGAGUCUGAGUGUGUGUGUGUGUGUGUGUGUGUGUGUGUGUGGACCAGGAUAACUCACAAUCACUACCGCAAGGCCUUGUCUGCUUGAUGUAUUCUUGCUGUUUGUGGACUGUACAGAAAAAUACAUGCUAUAUUUAUUAUAUAGAGAGAAUCUAUAUUAUUAACUUUGGUGUCGUUGCCUACGUGGUUUUCAGAUGGACACUAAUAUUCACACAAAGAAAUGAAAAUCAUCAGUGCUCUUAUUUAUUUUCCAUCAUGGAAUUGUAUAAAAUGUACACUGUUUUUUCAUCCUCUAACCACACUCCUCUGCUAUAGCUCUUAUAUUAUAGUACCUUAUAACAUGUAAUCACAAUGAAGUAUUGAUCCUAUGAUCAAACCAAUACAGCUACGGGUCUAAAACCUUUGGUUGAUCAGGUAUAUCCACAAUAAGGUGCAAUGGUAAUUGAAUCUGAUCUGUAACACAAGGCUAAGAAUGACCAUUUAGGCAAGAAUAGUAAAGCUAAUCCAAAUGUAUUCCAUACUUCUGUGAACACAUGAAUUAGCAAUUCUAAUCUACAUAUGUGAUCUGAUAUGAGCAGGUGUUAAUCAUUCUCCUGCAUUGAAUCUUGUUGAUUUCUUACUGUGCUGCAAAACAAAAUCUAAAAGGAGGAAAAAUCAUUUAUAAUUUUUGUGUUGUUACACAUUUAUUUAAAAACUGAAUGUAUGCAUUUUGUCUGUUUUUUUUAUGUCAAUGUUGUUGCUGCACUGUGGUCAAUUACUACAAAGUGUUAAAUUCUAAAUAUAUAUUAAAUGGUAAAUGUACUUAUUUAAAAAAAAAACCAAAUGGAAUAAAAUGGAAUUGUUCUUAUUUUUCCAACAAAUAUAAUCAUCAUAUUC